AUGGAUUGCGAUCCAGCCACCACAUGCCAGGCAUCCUUCAAUGAACUCGCCUUCGAGUUCGCCGGAUGGGGGUCCGUGACUAGCGUUAAGCUCGACAAGGAACUCAGUGCUGCUGAACCCAACAAGAUUGAUCCAUUGAUGGGCCCGUUUGUUGCAAGUGCGCUUGCGGGGAAUGACCUUCUGGGAGGCGUGUUCUAUACCAUCCCGGCGGUCUUGGCGGUAUCUGGCGCCUACUCUGUAAUUUCGUUAUCCAUAGCCACCCUGAUCCCUUUUCUUUGGCGGCCCAUGAUGGAGGAGCUAGGGUCGGCCCUGCCCAUAAGUGGAGGGUCAUAUGCGUACUUGCUGAACGUCUCGACGAAGUUCCUCGCUCUCAUCAGCGCAGCUUUACUUUUACUGGACUUCGCGGCGACGGCGGUGGUAUCUGCUGCAACUGCGUCAUCAUACCUUGACGAUGCUAUUACUAUGUCUGGUUCACGUAGUGCACCCUUCCCGAUCUUCGUCGGUGCAUUAUUGAUACUGGCACUCUUCAUGCUCGUCAGCUUGUGUGGAGCGCGAGAGUCCGCGAGAGUCGCGAGCGGUGUUCUUGUGUUCCAUCUAGUGACCAUGAUUGUACUCAUUAUCGUGUCUGCGGUGGCUUGGGGCCACUCCGGGAAUGGUGUUCUCGCAGCGAACUGGCAUGCCGGGUCCCACAACGGUCAUUCAAUAGCUAAAGCCAUAUGGGAUGGAGUUUGCAUUGGUAUGCUUGGCUUAACAGGGUUUGAAUGCACUCCAUCUUACAUCUCCAAGAUCAAGCGCGGGGAUUUUCCACGUGUACUACGUAAUCUCCACUAUCCAGCCAUCGUUCUCAACGUAGGCACUAUCCUGGUCGUCUUGGGUUUGCUCCCAUUACACGUCGCUCUAGACUCAAACACGGGUGGUCAGCACGUCCUGAGCACGCUAGGACAGCGGGCAGGAGGAAAGUGGCUUCGAACUUGGGUCGUUAUUGACGCAAUCGUCGUACUCUGUGGCGGUGUCCUCACCGGGAUCCUUAGCGCAGUUGACCUCUUUAUGGAACUCGCUCAUGACCGCGUCCUUCCACAUUUCUUCGCCCGGACGCUGCCAGUGACACAAUCCCCGUACAUCGCAGUGGUCAUCUUCGUCGCGUUCUCUGUGGCUUUGUACGCCAGCUCAGGCGCCAAUUCUGAGAUCAUCAGUGACAUGUUCUCCGUAGUGUGGCUCGCAGUGAUGGCUCUCUUUCCGAUCUCGCUCAUCCUGCUCAAGUUCAAUCGGCCUCGUCUCCCGCGGGAGCCAGACACGUCCAUCUGGCACAUAUUCUUCUCUUUGUCCCUCGCUAUUGCGAUAAUCGUCGGAAACAUCCUCAUCAAACCUGUCGUCAUUGGAUACUUUGCGGCUUACUUUGUCGCGUUGGUGCUGUUUUUCGCAGGCACGCACAAUAAGUCCAGAGUGCUGAAAUGUGUGUACUGGGUGUACGACCAGACUCCUAUCAUGCACCCCGACAGAAUGUGGGGACGGGCGCUCGGAAGUCGGCGACAUCGACGGCGCGAUCCACAAGUUAACAUGCAGGAGCUUGACCCCGGAAAGCCCUGCAUCGAUGAACGCAUGGUACGCGCCAUCAUGAAGCUGAGGCGACAGCCGGUCUGCGUGCUCGUGAAAAGCGACGAGAUGAACCACCUGAUACAGAUGGUAUUUUACGUUCGCAAGAACGAGGACACUUCAAUGCUGAAGUUUGUGCAUUUUUAUGGCGAUGACCGAGAAAGCAUCCCUAGCGAGCUGGAGGCGAACAUUCGGAUCAUUGAUGAAGCGUUUCCUGAGAUGACCAUCGACCUCGUGCUGGUGGAAGGCAAUUUCAGCCCACGUAACCUUGAUGCUCUGUCACAAAAGCUCGAUGUGCCUCGUUCGCUAAUGUUCAUAAGUUGUCCGGGCAAGGACGCACAAUGGCGAACAGAAGAACUGGGUCGGAUAAUAGGGAUCUAGCGUUAUCGGAGGCGCAUGUACGAUAUCUGAGAUCGUGUUCAUCUCGUAGAAGCGCUGCUCACAUAAGGGAACCGCUUCCUUCGCGACAUUAAUGCCCCUACAAGUCAACUACAAGUCCGUCCUGAACUUCACAAAAGUGAAGACGGGUGUUAGCGAGGCAUUGCGAUAAUCAAAACUCUGAGGUUUUGCCAGUCAUACUCCA